AACAACUCCGCGUGACACACUGGGUCAAAGGGCCAAAAAUGUUUAGAGUUGCAAAAGAGGAUAUGACUAAGAACAGAUUUUUAGCAGUAAAGAAACUGAAACCACCGACAGUAGUUUGUGGAGACAACUUGACGUUUACAGCAGUUUAGGGUCUGCAUGACAGCAUUCAGCAAUCAGACAGGGCAGCUUUGUUAAAUACAACCUAACAAGAAAUCAAGCAAAUUGAAGUCAUGCACAGCCUGUGAACAGCCUAAUGUAGCAGGCCCGAGGAAGCAGCAAAGCUCCUGUUUCAGCUGAUUCAUAAGUAAGGUCUUGAUCUAAGCAGCCGGCCGUUGGGAGGUAUACGACCACUGUGACACAAUAUGGAGAGCUGGCUGUACUUGCUGCUGCUGACUUCAAUAACUUUAGUGAAUUCCUCUGGAGAGGUGACAGAAAAUGAUGAUGGAAUUGACCUCGUCAGCUUCCUGAGAAAUAUCUACAGCGGACUGCUUGUGAGAGAGGAGCCGUUCACCAGAGACCUCUGGAAAGAGUCCCUGAAGGAGCUGAGAGGCCCAGCGGACCCUGCCAUUAAACAAGAAACCCAGGACAAACCAGACCAGGUUCCUGGGCCGGUGGUGUUCACCAAAACAGGCCAGAUCAAGGGAAUCACUGUGGAUGAGGCUCACAUAUUCUACGGUGUACCAUAUGCAGACCCCCCUGUUGGGGCUUACCGCUGGAAGCCUCCUAGACCUGUGAGUGCUUGGUCAGGCGUGUACAACGCCUCCUUUCCCCGGGCAGCAUGCAUGCAGUUCUGCAGAGGUGCUAACACAGAAGAGUGCCCUAAGACGGUCAGUGAGGACUGCCUCUACCUCAACAUUUUUGUACCCCUGGAUGUGAACUUCAGCUCUUCUCCGCGGCGCCUCCUGCCUGUCAUGGUGUGGAUCCACGGGGGAGAUUUCAUAGCCGGGUCGGCCUCCAAGCCCCUGUUUGACGGGCGUUUCAUCGGUAACCUCACCAACACUGUUAUUGUGAACAUGGAGUACCGACUAGGCGCGUUCGGAUUCCUCGUGACGGCCAAAGAUCCCGUCUCCUCAGCGGCAGGGAAUUAUGGGAUUUUGGAUCAGCAGGCAGCUCUUCUCUGGGUUCAACAGAACAUCGCUGUGUUCGGAGGUGACCCCAGCAAGGUCACAAUAUUUGGGGAGAGUGCAGGUUCUCAGUCGGUGAGUCUUCACCUGAUGAUCCAGAGCAGCGAGGCGCUGUUUAAACAAGCCGUGCUGCAGAGCCUUCCCUUCUCCAUUCCACUAAAGACGAGACAUGAUGCCCUGAAGCUGGGAAGAGACUUCGCUGAGCAGACCAACUGCUCUGAAAGCGACUUCAUCUGCCUCCUGUCUCUCACUCCCCAGGCCGUCCUGGCUGCACAGAUGAAAACAAGUUCUAAGAUCGUGAACCCGUUCAAGUUCCUGGAGGUUUUUGAGACGUGGGGUCCACACAUAGACGGAGAGUUGAUUAAAGAGCAGGCCAUCUCCGCCUUUCAGAGCGGCCGCUGGCAGAAGGAGAAGGCGGUGCUGCUGGGUACGACCUCAGAGGAAGGAGUCCUGUUUGUGUACGGGGUCUUUAACAAACCAGUGUCUGUUUUGGAGUGCACCGUUUACAUCGCCGCCAUAUUUAAACAACACGCACUGCAGGUCCUGCACAAAUACCUGCCUCUGUACAAGGAGGCGGACCGAAGGACGAUGUUAACCCAAAUUGUGACGGAUUACGUCUUCCUGUGUCCAUCCAGGAGGUCGGCACGCAUCGGCACAGCAGCAGGCAGUCAGAUGUGGAUGUAUGUAUUCGACCACGUGGCUUCAGACUUCAGCGUCUGGUCAGGGCUGACCUUCUGCUAUAAGCGCGUGUGCCAUGGAGCUGAGCUGCCUUUUCUUUUUGGCUCCUCCUCGGUGGCCAACUACACCCUGUCCUUGUCGGAGAAGCUGCUGUCUAACCGGAUGCUGUGCUACUGGGGUGCCUUUGCCCACACCGGCGAUCCGUCUUCCAGGGCCCAGCAGACUACUUUUUGCCGGGAGCAGCGUCUUCCCAUUUGGCCGCGCUACUCGGACACCAGCGGCUGGCUCGUCAUGAACCUGACAGUUCGGUCACACGCACAAGUGGGAGCCAGGAACCGUAUCUGUGACUUCUGGGACCAGUUAGACAUCUACUAAUGAUUCUGUGGGAUGUUACAUACAUACAUCUUUUAUCAAAAUUAGUAUUUUGUUUUCAAUUUGUGGAAAAGCAACAACUAAUAAAGCUAACUCUGUGAAACGAA